UCAAUCACGGUGUCCUUGCCUCCCUCCUUCCGCCCAGUUUCAGAAGCGGCUCACUCUCGGUUAAGUUCGAUACUAACUCUUUAAUUCGACAUUAUUUUUGCAGUAUUUCUGCGAUGCAUGGAGAGAGGCUGGGCCGGUGGUGGGAACAUGAUUAGUGAGUAAUCCGGACAAUUACUGCUCAGUAUGAACAGCGAAGACGAGUUCUACGACGCUGAGACAGGGCUGGAGUCAGAUGAUUCCCGUGAGGGCAGUUAUAAGAACACUAUGGUGUUUGACAGUAAGGUGACUGCUGACAGAUCUUCACAGGAGAAUGGAGUGUGGGAGCGCAGGAAAGCCCUGCCAGCUGAAAUGAUCUCCAGAAAUAACUUCAGUGUGUGGAGCAUACUGAAGAAAUGCAUGGGCAUGGAGCUGUAUAAAAUAGCAAUGCCUGUUGAGUUUAAUGAGCCAUUGAGUCUUCUCCAGAGAAUCUCUGAGUACAUGGAACAUAGUCACCUUAUCCACAAAGCCUGCAGUUUGUCCGACUCUAUAGAUCGCAUGCAGGCUGUUGCCGCUUUUGCCAUUUCAGCUGUGGCGUCUCAAUGGGGAAGGACUGGAAAGCCAUUUAACCCUUUACUGGGAGAGACGUAUGAGCUCGUAAGAGAGGAAGAGGGAUACAGAUUGAUCUCAGAACAAGUGAGCCACCACCCCCCUGUCAGUGCCUUCCAAGCGCAGUCUCUGAAAGAAGAGUUUGAGUUUCACGGCUCCAUCUACCCUAAACUCAAGUUCUGGGGUAAAAGUCUUGAAGCCGAGCCCAGAGGCACCAUGAUGCUGGAGUUACUUAAAUGGAAAGAAGUUUAUACUUGGACCAACCCAGUGUGCUGCGUGCAUAACAUCAUUUUAGGAAAACUUUGGAUUGAACAGUAUGGAAGCAUGGAGAUCCUCAACCACAGUACGGGAGAGAAGUGUACGCUGAACUUCAAGCCAUGUGGUAUGUUUGGGAAGGAGCUGCACAAAGUAGAAGGUUAUAUCCAAGACAGACGUAAAAAGAAACGGCGAAUGAUAUAUGGGAAGUGGACUGAGUGCAUGUACAGUGUGGACACCAAAGUUUAUGAAAUGCACAAGAAGCAAGAAAAGAAGAAUGUUGGAGAUUCUAAAAAGUUGAAACAGGAACGUAGUUGCCAGUGUGAGGAGGCGGAUGAUAUGCCUGAAGCUCAAGAAACUGUGACUGUGAUACCAGGAAGUGUCUUGUUGUGGAGGAUAACACCGCGGCCUUCUCACUCCUCACAGAUGUAUAACUUCACCAGUUUUGCUAUGACACUAAACGAGCUGGAGCCGGGCAUGGAUAGACGUCUGGCACCAACAGACUGCAGACUCAGACCCGACAUCAGAGCGAUGGAAAAUGGAGACAUUGCCACAGCCAGUGCAGAGAAAGAGCGGUUAGAGGAGAAACAGAGGGCAGCACGCAAGGAGCGCUCCAGGGACAGUGAAGAGUGGACAACCAGGUGGUUUCAGCUGGGAACCAACCGUCACACAGGUGCUGAAGACUGGCUCUAUAUAGGUGGAUACUUUGACAGGAAUUACGCCGACUGUCCCAACAUUUUUUGAUGCACGAGGUGAUGAGUGUGAUUGUCCAGCGUCUCUCUGAGGCCGUGUGGUUCAUUUCUCUCAGAAUGUAAGAUUCAUGUCUUAGUGAUGUGUAGUCACUCAUUGACAUUGUUUCUUUGUUACUCACUGGUAACUUAGUGAAGUCACAUUGAGGACAUUUUAGUUUUCUGCAGUAGUGACAGUGCUACAGCCACCUUCUAUUUCAUGCGUCCUAAUAUGCUAGCACUAAAUGUGCUUUUUGUGCACCAAUCAAGGCUUUUAAACUGCCGUCUGUGUGAAGUGGAGACACUGCGGCUGCAGUACAUCAAACUCUGCCUUGUAGAAAAUAAGCUUUCAGAUCAACUUAAAGUACUAAACCACAGUUUUGCAUUUAGAGGAGUAUCGUACGCUUUUGUCAAGUUGUAUUUAAAUAUCAGGGAUUAUUUACAAUACAUUAGCUACUUUUUAUACAAGCUCUUUGAAUAUGAGAUGUUUAUGUAGUUAUCAAUAAAUUGAAAAGUCGAAAUGUGGUGUGGUAUGAGUGAGCUGGGAAUGAAAGCUGCUUAUGUUUGUGUUUACUAGCACAGUACAGGGAUAUUGAUGGUACAUUGCUGGCCGCUGUACGAUGGUUAAUUUAUUUAAUAACUAUUGCACAUGUGGUCAUAUGAGGAUUAUUUACACAGGUUAAAGCCAUAAAAUAUUUUCUGCACUGAGGAAAUAGUGUAAAUGCAUGUAAGGGGGUCGUGUGAUACAGAAUGCAGAGAAAGUGUCCUUUGGCGUCUCUGGCUAGCAGAGGUUUUCAAGGAACACGCAGAUUUGAACAUGAACUCAAGUUUCCCCAUUUCCUCCUGAGUUAAUUUUUCAGUCAGUAAAAGUUGCGUUUAUGAACACAGUGGCAGCAAAUGAUGUAUCACAAACCUAUGCAGACUGACCUGCUCAGUCUCCCCUCCUACAAUGUGAAAAAUAACAAGCCUGCUUUUUCAGCUGGUAGCUAAUGUGUUGAUCAGAUGUCACAGAAGCAGCCAUCAGUGUAUGAUCUGUGUGCUUUAAAAACAUGCUGUUUUCAUAUGGAGGGUGGGGCCGUUCCUUUUAUUUUUAGGCACUAACUCCAGUUCUGAUUUAACCGCACAUGUUCACGCCACGUGCCGAUAUAGAGAUAUUGUGCGUCUUCCGCAGCUGCUUUUACUCAAAGCACUUUGUGACAACAGCAGCCACCUAUAGGUGCUAGAUUAAGUUCAUGGUUCUUUUAAGAUCGUGCUUUUGUUUAGCAUUAUUUGAGAAGUUUACACUGCAUGUUCAUUUAAAAUGUAUAUUGUCUGUGAUUUUUCAGUUACACAUCCAUAUGCAAGCAAA